AUGUCUACAAGUGAAGCAAUUCUAGUCCUCAUUGGAGGAGGACAUGCCUCGGGGAAGAAAUCGGGAGCUAGAAUUUUGGAGGAACAGCUAAAACUGAAGUUCAAAGAUGAAAGCUUGAAGAUAGUGAUGAAGGAUAUGGAACAAUAUAUGAGCAUAGACCCAAAGAAGACUGGCUCCAGAUCUCCUUAUCAAUUUAACUUCAGUGAUACUAAAAAUGAUUUGGAAGUGUUGAUGAACAGUGACUGUGACGUGAUCAUACUUUACGGCUUGUACGCACUAUACGAUGUUGAGAUAGUCAGCAUGGCCACAGUCAGGGUUUACAUCGACUGCGAUGCAGACGUACGGCUAGGAAGAUGGAUAAAACGUGAUGUGCUAGCUGCUCAUUCUGGGAAGGACAGGGGGACUCUUGAGCUUUUGAAGAAAGCGGAGAAGGAUAAACUGGAAAAGUUGCUCGAUUCUUAUUUGACCUAUUCAAGGUCUGAAAUGAACACUUAUAUCCAGGACACCAAAGAAAGAGCCGAUGUUAUUUUACCGAAAGGGGCAGAUAUAGCAGGCUUUACGCUGAUUAUCGAUGGACUGCAGUCGCUACUCAUUCAAAAGCUUGAGGAUUCGAUGCACGCGGCCACCGAAUUGCAGGGUCAAAGCGCAAGAUCGUACAGCACUAGCAGUCUCAACAGGGAAACCGUGAUACAGAACAUCAAGAUGUUGACUCCUGAACCUAGCGUGAUGUCUCUCACCAAUGACAACUUCUCGAACAAAAACCAGAUAUUCUACGAUGCUAGCUAG